UCUUGUUUUCUUAACCAGUUCGUAUCAAUCUCCAAAGAAAUCAAGUUGCCAUUUUCAAAAUAGAAAUCUUCUCUUUUUCAAGUUUCACAAUUGCUCUCUCAAGUCAAACGUCUCGAGACGUCAUUUUCAAGAGAUAUAUAAUUCUUUUUCAUAUAAUUCCUUGUUUAUAUAUUUUAAUUCUGUUAAUAUUUUGAAAAAAAUUAAUUUUUAAACAAAUUUUUUAUUUAGAAAAUUGUAUCAUUUUUAAUUCUUUUCUUUCUGUUCUUUAGUUUUUUUUUUUUUUUUUAAGUUGAAAGUGUGAAUUGAAAGCAAUUUGUAAAAAAUUGAAGAAGAUGUACCCUAUACCGAUCUGACGACGUUGAUAAAAACGAUCGACAUAAGUGAUGGCUAAAUAUAAAAUCACGGAGAAUAGAAACGUACGCUGAGUCUCUGUGGAGUAUUUUUGGACUAUUUUCUAUGAAGAAAUUCACGCCAGAUGGCUCUUGAAGGGGAACUUUCUGAAAUAUGGUUCUGAUAGGAACUGCCAUUGAUUUCCAUCUAUCAUCAGCGUCAUUCAAGAUCAAGAUAAAACAACCUCUCAUGGAUCCUGGUCCAGGAUUAGUACCAAUGUCUGGAAGUCGUAAGGUAAAACUUUCUGGUCCCAGUGGAAUUAACAUUUCGAGUUCUACAAACCAAAGUGGUGCCAGUGGUGGCUCUUUUAUUCCUUCUGACUUGAAUUCUGGAUUUGUUACUGUUCAUCCAACUUCUUAUCAAAAGAUCCGAAGGAAUCAAGACGAACAGCAAUCAAAAUGGCUGGAACGUAGUCAGAAGCCUCUUAAAAUUCCCUCUGGACAUUCAAUUAUUGUGAAUAACUAUAGCAUAGUUGCAUCCCGUGGCGAAUUAGCGCGGAAUAAUAAUUUCGACGAACUCAGAAAUAAAAGAAAAAGUCUUCAGUUGAACGGCAAAUUUCCUAUUGAAGAAACUAGUAGACGAAAAUCACCAAUUCAAAAUUAUCGUGGAAACCGAGAAACGGAAAAGAACGUCAUCAUCAGGACGAAAAAUUCCCGAAAUAAACAAACGCCAAUUAAAAAGUCUUCAUCUGUGCCUGCGAAUCUCAAAGACCUCACGAGACGAGAGAAGCAUUCGAUCCGUGUUCCCGAGGAGGAGAAGGAGGUGGAGGAAGAGGGGAUCCUCAAAAGGUCCUCAUCAUUUUUGGCUGGUCUCACUACUUCCGGUAAACAGACGCCGACGUCGCUUGACCGGAAAUACGGCCCUGAACUGCAGUGUGGCGCGACUCCGCGACCCGCGAAAGCUCAGAACACAAGUGGCAUUCGCGAUGAUGAGAAUCGUCUCUCGUCGGCCCUAAAACGUUAUUCAUUAUCACUUGGUGUUUGUAAAACAAAAACUUCCGGCAAUCGUGGUUUCAAGGAUUGGAGCAGUAAGGUUUCCGGUGUUGCGAAAAAAACUGUGUCCUUUAGUGCUGAUACCAGUUUUCAGGACAAGAAAAACAAUUUUCAAAGAACGGCAAUUCACGAGGCGAAAGUUUAUAAAAAAGGGGUUCUACAGGAUCGGGGUGAGGAAGGUGCGAGAACAGUGUCACCAUUGUGGGAGACGACUCCCGGGGCUCUGCUCAGGGCGGCCCGGGAGGCCGACGAUGAAGCCCUUAAAAAAAUCGUCACGCGAGCCGAAAAGUUUGGAUUGGGUGACAUGGAUGUUAAUUUCACCGACAGCAGCGGAAGAACGGCGAUAAGUUACAUGGCUGGAAAUGGUGCUUCUACAUUUUUGGAAGCAACGUUAUCUUUUUCUGGCAUUAAUCCUAAUGUACCAGACAAUGAGGGCAACACUCCCCUGCAUUUUGCAGCACAAGCUGGACAAAUAGAUAGUUUAAAUAUCCUCUUGCAGAGGUGUCCCGGAAUUGAAGUCGAUAACCGAAAUAAUCUCGGUUUUACUCCUUUAAUGAAGGCUGCUCUACAGGGACGCACAAAAUGCGCUAAAAUUUUAUUAUUUGCUGGUGCAAAUCCAACACUUAGAGAUCAUGGAAGAGGUCUCAGGGCAGAGCAAUGGGCAAGGUUUUGUGGACGAUACGUUUGCGCGGAAGUAAUCGAAAGAUUUUCGAGGCAUCGUUUGUUGGAAAAAACAACGUCUUGUCGAUGGGGAAGUGAACCGGAAUUGGCUGCCAAAAUUCUCCAAGGAAAAAUCGCACCAAUUCCAACGAAUCCAAUUCCACCGCCAUCAACAGGUCUUCGUUCGAGAAUAAGACGAGUAUUUCGCACCACUUCCGGACCAGAUCGCAAUUUUUCAUUAGUUUCACAAUUAACGAGUGCCGCACUUUGUGCGAGUAGUCCAGCUUUACCAAAACCGGGCGAAGUACCUUCUGCCGUUAAGAGUCUCCUUCGUCCUCUCAGUGUGCCACAAUUGAGGAUAACGUUGGUCGCGCCUCCUGAGGUACUCGACAAGACAACGGACAAGUGCUUGACGAAUUUUUCCGAGAAGAUAGAAAGUACCAUAGUGAAACCUCCAAGAGCUAAGAAAAAAAGUAAAUAGUGCCGUUCACUAAGACUUUUUCUUAUCAAAAAUCAAAAGACAUUUUAUUCCGUGAUUCGUGGCGUUCACUUUGUAACGGCGACGAAUUUUCAAGAGUCCAAGACUUCUUUUUAUUUAUUACGAAUCUCUUGGUUCUUAUUUAG